AUGGACUUCUAUCGAGUGAACCUGGCCGCCUUGAUCGUGGCCAAUUCGUGCUAUUUUAUGUAUCGACAUCACACGCAAAAUCGCAAACUGCGCCGUCGCGGUGCCCCCCGAGAUGAGCAAGCCGAAGCGGCUGCCACAAGCUUCAAACGACGAUUCCUCCUCGUCUACACCCUGGUGGUUGCAGCAGAUUGGCUUCAAGGACCAUACACCUACGCGAUCUACAAGUACGAAAAGCAGCUCGAAGAACACACAGUCGCACUUCUGUACGCAUCAGGUUUCGUUUCGGGUGCUGCAAGUGCUCCCUUUGUGGGACAGCUUGCAGACCGCUAUGGCAGACGAGCUGCCUGUGUCGCUUAUUGCGUCUGCUACGGUAUCACAUGUCUUACAAUGCUGAGCCGCAACCUCAAUGCCUUGUAUAUCGGCCGUCUGUUUGGAGGCAUUGCAACGACAUUGCUGUUUAGUGCCUUUGAGGCCUGGAUGAUUACCGAAUAUCAUCACUUGCAGAUUGACGAGAGCACGGUGCCUCUCGGCCGGAUUCUCGCCAACAUGACGACGACUAGCAGUAUCGCCGCAAUAUUAUCUGGUGUACUUGGAAACGGUCUUGUUCAAUGGUCCGGCACUCGACUGGGUCCUUAUGUCGCCAGCUUUGGCUGCUGCAUCGUGGCCAGCAUCCUCAUCUUGGUGACAUGGCGAGAAAACUAUGGCAGUGCGGCCAAAUCGUUGGAGAGCCCAGAAGCCCAGAAGCUGAAACAUAGUGUGCUUACGGCACUUACAGAUCCAAGGAUCAUGACUAUGAACUUUGCCUCCUGCUGUUUCGAAGGCACAAUGUAUCUAUUCGUGUUCUUCUGGUCUGCUGCCCUCAAGAGCCUAAGAGCAAAAUCAGGACACCAGGACGACCUUCCCUUUGGUCUCAUCUUCUCGAGUUUCAUGUGCGCCAUGAUGGCAGGAUCUAGCAUCGCUUCGACUCGAACUGCCUCUCAUUCGAGUCACGGCGCCUUGAACAUACUCAUGUUCGUAUAUGCCAUAGCAUCUGGUGCGUUUGCUGUUUCGACCAUGCUGGAGGACGAACACGCGCUAUUCUGGGCCUUCUGUGUCAUUGAAGGCUGUGUUGGUGCAUAUUUUCCGAAAAUGGCCCUCAUCAAAAGCAACAUCGUCGACGACUCUGCGCGAGGAGGGGUCUACAGCGCUUUAAGACUUCCGCUGAAUAUCUUCGUCGUCGUCGCCCACAGUCUCGACCGCGGUGGUGACGAACAUCGGAAUUCUGUCUUCUUGUUUUGCGCAGCCCUUUUGUUGGCUGCUUAUCUUGUCAUAUCGAGACAGAUGUAA